AUGAGCUUGGCUAACAACAAGAAACACUCUGGACAACAACGACAGCCGUUGGCGCCGGCAGCAGCGGUCGGAAAACCAUGGAAAUCGAAAGAGGAUGGCAGCUUCGCCAUGGAAUUUCGUACGGAUGACCGUGACAGAAACAAACAGAAAACAGCCAACGACUUUGUUGAUAUCCCUCUGAACAAGAAAACCACUCCACGGAAGCAGGCGCUUCAGCACCCACCAACGCCGGGGACUACAACUACCAAAUCCCACUUUGCGGGGAACCAAUUCUUCCUUCUGAUGGACCAAGAUGAUAAAUGGCUUCAACAAAACAAUGACCGCGAUGAACGACAAGAUGAUACGUCCAUUGCUACACUUGCUACCAAUGGAACCGACUCUAUCGAUGCCUCCGCUGCCAACAACACCCCACUCAGGAUCAAUGGAAGGAGCAACGAAUCUGUUCCAUCACUUAUUCGCUCCAAACGCACCCGUCGAACUAAACCACCAACAAAAAUUGACCCGAUACCCCUCCCCUUGCCCCCGGUUCUUGUCAUGACUGUCACGACACCGGUUGUGUGGGAGACAACGCGAUGCAGUGGUCACAAACCCAGGAAAAACAGAUCAAUCAAUCAACAACACAAACAAAAACGAAACCAACAACAAAAUAAAAUUGUGAAGGCAAUCGAUCCAAUGUCCAAUGACGAUGCAUCAUGGCCGCCACUGGAAAGCUGCAAUCCUACACCGACACAACAAAGCAAAUGA